AUGUAUUAUAAAUAAAAUAAAGAAUGUAGAUUAUGUUAAGGUUCUUUAUCAUAAAUCUAAAUUGAUAAUUUAAAGAAGAAGUAUGCAAUUCACAAAUACAAUAGGUAUUAUAAUGCCUUUCAUUUUUAUUUUGCCAAACCAAUAUCGGAAAUAUUAGGCAAUUUGCAAAUUGAUCAUGUUAUCCUAUUUAAGGAUUUGUUAUAUUUCAAUGAUGAUAACGAAUAUUUAACAAAGUGUUACGAUUAAUUGGAGUAGAAAUAAAUAAUGCGCAAACUUUAAUUCAAGAUUCCAAUACCCAAUUUGUUAAUCGUGACAGCUCAUCAAAUUCUUUAGAAGCGAAACAAUAAACUGCAAAAAUUACAAAAAUAACCUGUAAACAUCGUGGCAGCCACCAAUAAAUAUCGAAUAUUAUUCAAUACUACAUAAAAUAUUGAAUUAUCAUCUGAAAUAGAAGAAUAUGAAAACAAAAUAAUAAGCUGGGAAACUUCAGAACAUAAUAUUUAUUCUAAUUUUAAUGUAUCUUCUCAAAAAAUGAAGCCAGUUACAACUUAAUAAAUGAACCAUCUUAAUACAUCCAAUUCUAUCCAUUAGCUAUAUUAUUAAUAAAACGAUAAGGAUAUUGUAAUGGUAAUAAGAGAUAUAAAUAAAUUCACAAAUCAAUAAUUGAUGAAAUUAUCACCAAAGAAAACUGUAAUUAAUAAUAAAAUUAAUGGGAAUCAAUCCAAAAAUAAAAAUGUCAUCAUACCAAAAUUAGUCAUUCCCUAAAUUCCUGAGAAUAAAAUGAAUUUUCAACAACUACUAAAUUAGUAUGACUAAAUAAUGUCAUAGAGGAAUUGCUAAACCGAAAGAUAAUCGAAGGGAAAGACAAAAGAAAAAAGUAAAGGGCAAUUAGAGAUUUAUUAAAGCAAGAAUAAGUAUUAAUAAUCUAUUUAUUCUGUACCGAGUUCUUCUAAUUUUCAAGGCAAGGGAAUCAGCACUUGUUCUGCUUCAAUUUUAUUGAAAUCAUUGUCAAAAAAAUCAAUGGACAAGUCUCCAAUCGCAUCAAGAAGAUUAGAAAUAAAGUAGAACCUUACUAAAUUGAUAAAAUAACAGGAAAGAGAUUUGGGGUUUUACACUUAAAGAUGA